AUCAAAUAUGGCGUGUUAGAGGAAGCGUUUGCAUGCUAGUGAAUAAUGAUGAUAAUAAUAAUAAUUUAGUUUUUGCUUUAUCAAGCCUUUUUGCUAGACUAGUCGUACGAAUCUGAAUUUCAUUAUAUCUAAACGGACAACUCUCUAGCUAACUAGCUAGUUGUCUUGGCUAUAUCAAUAGCGAGUUAGCUUACUUGCUAUCUAGUUACCUAGCUAGCUAGAUGCGUCUAAACUAGCUAGCUAGCUAGCAGACCUGCAAGGAACAGUCAUCAUCAACACCCAAGUAAUCCCCGAGUUAAUCCACUCAUUUGGGACAACGUGUCAUUCUGUUUUAUACUCGUAAACAAAAACAGUAAAUGCAUAAACUAUCGCCAGACUGCAGCUCAACGCCGUUCUGAAGCUACCGGUUACGAUAACGUUAGUAAGCAACUGGAUUCUGCUUUUUCAAGGAAGAAGAUGGAUCUUAAUUUAAACCAUAUUGAUUAUCUACAGGUUGGGGUAACUUCUCAGAAAACUAUGAAGCUUUUACCUGCAGUGGGACGAAAAGCAACACAAAAGGUUGCUGUGGCUGAUCACGACGGUGUAGUGAAUUGCUUUGGGAUGAAAAAGGGAGAGGCCGUCCCUGUGUUCAAAAGUCUCCCAGGGCAGAAGAUCUCUAGGCUGGAGCUGGGUGGGGCUUUGGGCACCCCACAAGAGAAGAUCUUUGUGUGUUCUGGCUCUGAGGUCAGAGGCUACACUAAAAAAGGCAAACAGUUCCUCUCCUUUGAGGCCAAUCUAACAGAAAGCAUCAAUGCCAUGCAUGUUUCUGGGGCAGACCUUUUUAUCUGUGCCAGUUACAUUUACAACCACUACUAUGACUGCAAAGACCAGGACUAUUAUCUGUCAGGUGACAAGAUCAAUGACAUAGUGUGUUUACCUGUGGAGAGAGUGGGCCGCACAGUGCCUGUUCUAGCCUGCCAGGACAGGAUACUUCGAAUGCUACAGGGCUCUGAGCUGUUGUAUGAUGUUAAGGUUCCUGGACCCCCAUCUGUUCUAGGGCUUCACAAUAGAGAUGGAGGUAAGGAUGGAGAGGAGGUGCUUUAUGGAACUGCAGAUGGGAAACUAGGACUGGUGCAGUUCACCAGUUCAGCUCCAGUCUCUAAAUGGGAGGUGGAUAAUGAGAAGAAAAAAGGAGGUGUGUUGUGCAUCGACACGUUUGACAUUUUUGGCGAUGGUGUGAAAGACAUUCUGAUUGGUCGAGAUGACGGGACAGUAGAGGUGUAUGGAUUGGACAGCUCCAAUGAACCAACACUACGUUUUGAGCAUGUUUUGUCUGAAAGUGUCACAUCAAUUCAGGGGGGAUGUGUGGGUAAGGAGUCAUAUGAUGAGAUCCUAACAGCAACAUACACAGGUUGGGUGUCAGGCCUAACCACAGAGCCGCAGCAGAUGGAGGCUGGGCCAGGCGACGAAGUUAAGAUGAGCCGAGAGACCCAGGCCAAGGUAGCUGCACUCAGGGCGGAGCUGGAGCAGCUGCAGGUGAAGGUCAUGCAGGGUCGUGAGAAGUACCAGCAGAGUGCUCAGUCCAGCACGGCCGUGUCCGCUGUGCCCCUGUUUAGCAUCAAUGACAGGUUCACGCUGUGCCAGGACGAUGCCAGCUACACCCUCACACUGGAGGUGCAGACUGCCAUUGAUAACCUGCUACUCCAGAGUGAUGUCCCUAUAGACCUACUGGAUGUGGAUAAGAACUCUGCAGUGGUUAGCUUCAGUGAAUGUGAUUCAGAGCCAAAUGGGAAUUUCCUCCUUGCCACCUACAGAUGCCAGGCGAAUACCACAAGAUUGGAACUGAAGGUGAGGUCAAUUGAGGGUCAGUAUGGUACACUUCAGGCCUACAUAACCCCUCGGCUACAGCCCAAAACCUGCCAAGUGCGUCAGUACCAGAUCAAGCCACUGUCCCUCCACCAGAGGACCCAUAGCAUCAACCAGGACAGACCCAUGAACAUCCUGAGGCUGGUGGGCCAGUUCAGCUUUGCGGAGAUCCACUCGUGGGUCGUGUUCUGCCUGCCUGAGGUGCCAGAGAAAACCCCUGCAGGGGAAAACAUCACUUAUUAUUUUCAAAACACCUUUCUGGGAACACAGCUUGAAGCCAUCUACUGCAAAGGUGAAGGGAACUUCAGAUCAGAUAACAUUUCGACUAUAUCCAUACUCAAGGAUGUCCUCUCUAAGGAGGCUACCAAACGCAAAAUCAAUCUGAACAUUUCCUAUGAGGUGAAUGAAGACUCAGUAAGCCAUACACUGAAAAUGAUUCAUCCUAAGCUUGAGUAUCAGCUGCUACUGGCCAAAAAGGUUCAGCUUAUUGAUGCUUUGAAGGAGCUGCAAGUACAUGAAGGAAAUGCAGAUUUCCUUAUUCCAGAAUAUCGCAGUAUACUUGAUGAGUCUGCUCGUCUCCUAGAAGAAUACAAGAAACAGCCUGCCCACCUUGAAAGACUAUAUGGAAUGAUAACUGACCUCUUCAUUGACAAGUUCAAAUUUAAAGGACAAAAUGUCAAAACUAAGGUUUCACAGCUCCUUGAAAUAUUAGAUAACUAUGAUCUGAAUUCUCUGAUUGAUUUUUUCAAUGAUGCUUAGGAAAAGCAAAGCAAAAGAAAGUUGGCUAUUUUCACCUUUUUAUUUUUUACUUUUUUCUUUAAUAGGCCAAUUUUUUCCAUAGCAGCAUACUUUCAUGCAUAAAAGCAACAAAUCUUUAAUAAAACUAUCAUAGUUUUCUUGUAAUGAUGUAAUGAUCAUGGGAUACUAAUAUACUAAUACUGUCUUUUUUAUUGUUAUUGUUUUUUUUCCCAGAGUUUCCUUUGUAUAAUACAACUUGUAUUUAUAGUCUAAUAAAUUAAUUAAAUCGGU